CACUCUAGUCUAUGGUCGCGAUUGACUUUUAGUGAAUUUCUUUUCGCAGGCUUUCUUUUUUCAUUUAGAUUUCGUAGUAAUAAAUGCCUUUUUAGUUAAGUAUUUUUAAUAAGAAACAAAUCUCCCUUAGCAUUUAAGUGAGCAUGGCUGAUUUCUUGGAAUCCGAAGCUGAGGAAAGCGAGGUAGAUUCUGAGGACGAACAGCCAGCUGAACGCAAGAAACCAAAACGAAAAGCUGCCGUGCAGAGUGAAGACGAAGACGAGGAAGAGGAAGAUGAUGAGGAGCGUUUACGUGAAGAGCUGAAGGAUUUGAUAGAUGAUGCUCCAAUAGAAGAAUCAGGUAGCGAUGGGGAAGAUUCAGAUGCGAGUGUGGGGCCAAAGAAAAGAAAGAAAAGUGAUGAUGAACUAGAUGACAGACUUGAAGAUGAGGAUUAUGAUUUGAUUGAGGAGAAUUUGGGUGUAAAAGUUGCUAGGAAUAAGUUCAAGAGAUUGCGACGUCUAGAGGAUGAUGACAGUGAUAAUGAGGGACAAGAUGAUCCUGAGUUGGAGAGGGAGGUCAUUGCUGAGAAGCUGUUUGUAGGAGGCUCUGAUGAGGAAGAUGAAAAUCGCUCAGAGUCAGCUGCACCGAGAGAAGUGGAAUAUGAUGAUGAGAAUGAGGAUCUGGAGUCAGAUGCUGAUGAUUUCAUAGUUGAUGAUGACGGCAGACCCAUAGCCGAGAGGAAGAAGAAGCGGAAGCAUAUAUUCACUGAUGCCACAUUGCAAGAGGGUCAAGAUAUUUUCGGCGUGGACUUUGACUACGAUGAGUUCGAUAAGUACGGAGAGGAGGAUUAUGAGGAUGAGGAAGACGAAGAUUUGGAUGAAUAUAUUGAGGAUGAGGAAGAAGAUGGUGAAAGAAGAAGGACUAAAAAGGGCAAACCAAAGCGGCCCAGUAAAAAAUCCAUAUUUGAGAUAUACGAGCCAAGUGAAUUGAAGAGGAGCCACUUCACUGAUUUGGAUAAUGAGAUCCGUAAAACGGACGUGCCAGAGCGUAUGCAAAUACGCGAAGUACCCAUCACGCCGGUGGAAGAAGGUAGUACGGAAUUGGAAGAUGAGGCAGAAUGGAUUUACAAGCAGGCCUUCCUCAAGCCGCCCGUGUCUAAGGCCGAUGCUCAGGACGCGAGGGACAGGUCUAGACGGGGUUCCAGCACUGUAGUGAAGAUCCGUCAAGCUCUAGACUUCAUGCGGAAUCAAACACUAGAGGUCCCUUUCAUAGCCUUCUACCGCAAGGAAUACGUCCAGCCGGAGCUCAGUAUCAAUGACCUGUGGAAAGUCUACAAGUAUGAUGCCAAGUGGUGCCAACUGAAGCAGCGCAAGGAAAACCUGCUGCGAUUGGUGGAGAACAUGCGGGAGUACCAACUUGACAAAGUGAUGGCCGACCCCGACGCGCCCAUACCAGAAACCAUGAGACUUAUCCGGGACGAAGACAUUGAGAGAAUGAAGAACGUCCAAACAAAUGAAGAGUUGCGCGACGUACAUACACAUUUCCUCCUUUAUUACUCAAACGAUUUGCCCGAGAUGCAAAAAGUGCAGCGGGCUAAGGAGAGGAAAAAGGAGUUGGAAGAGAAAAAGAGAUUAGCUCGUGAAGAAGCAGAGAAGAACGGGGAAGAUCCCGAGGAGGCUGUGGCGGCCGUGGACGCCGCUCAGCCCGACGAGGAAGAGCCCACUGAAGUGAAGUAUGCUGUACGAUCUGGCCCCUACGAACUGUGCAGGAAAGCGGGCAUUGGUCCCCUCGUGAAGCAGUUUGGCUUGAGUCCGGAGCAGUUCGCGGAGAACGUCCGAGACAACUACCAGAGGCACGAGGUAGAACAACCGCCGGAUCCGCCCAUAGACGCCGCGCAGGCUUAUACGCAAGCCAACGGCUCAGCGACAGAAGUCCUGCGUCGCGCGGUGUACAUGUGCGGAGUGCAAAUAGCUCGCGAGCCGCUACUGCGGGCCACUUUACGGGACGCGCUCAGGGAGCGGGCCACUAUCUCCGUGCGGCCUACUGCCCGCGGCAUGAAGGAGAUUGACGAGAGCCAUGCGUGUUAUAGUAUGAAAUAUCUAAAGAAAAAGCCCGUCCGCGAUUUGUCGGGCGACCAGUUCCUCAAGCUGACGAUAGCGGCCGAGGACCGGCUGCUGGAGAUCCAGAUCAGCGAGCAGAUCGAGGGGAACACCAGCUCCAAUUAUUUAGAAGAGUUGAAGCAGCUGUAUCAAAAGGACGAGUUCGCGGCGACGGUGCAAGCGUGGAACGAACUGAGAGCCGAAGCGGUGACGCUGGCGCUCACGAAGAUUGUGAUGCCCGAGCUGAGGCGGGAGCUGCACGCUGUACUGUUGCAGGAGUCCAAGGAAUACGUCCUCAAAUGCUGCCGUCGACGUCUUUACGACUGGUUGAAGAUAGCCCCUUACGAGUCCAGAGUAUCGGAUGAUGAUGACGAUGAAUGGGACACUACUAAUGGUCUUCGCGUGAUGUCGAUCGCGUACGUGCCGGACCGCGUGCACUGUGCGUUCGCGUGCGUGGUGGCCGCCGCGGGUGAGGUCGUGGACCACUUGCGGUUGCCGCACAUUCUGUACCGACGCAACGCGUGGGACGCGCUCGAGAGACGCAACAAGGAAGGCGACAUGACCGCCCUGCGACGAUUUAUUCUCCGCAAGAAACCGCACGUGAUUGUUAUAAGCGGUGAGUCACGAGAGGCGUUGAACCUUAAAGCGGACGUCGCAGAGUGCGUGCAGCAAUUGAUCGAAGACGAGCAGUUCCCGCGCAUCCCUGUGGAGAUAGCCGAUAACACUAUCAGCAAGAUUUACAGCAACAGCAUUAGGGGACGGAAUGACUUCAGAGAGUAUCCAGAUACAUUACGACAGGCAAUAUGCCAAGGACGCUUACUGCAAGACCCACUCAUGGAGAUAUCACAACUUUGCGGACCCGACGAAGAAAUCCUCUGCCUCAGAUACCAUCCUCUCCAAGACCAUGUAGCUAAAGAAGACUUACUCGAAGGCAUAGAACUCGAAUUUGUAAAUCGAGUCAACGAAGUAGGGGUUGACGUUAACGAAGCAGUUUUAACCGGACGAGGGACGGAAUUACUACAAUUUGUAUGCGGUUUAGGGCCAAGGAAGGCCCAAGCAUUAAUGAAACUCUUCAAACAAACCAAUCAGAAACUAGAAAAUAGAACACAACUUGUGACAGUGUGUCAUAUGGGUCCGAAAGUCUUUAUUAACUGUUCUGGGUUUAUACGAAUAGAUACAAGCAGUCUAGGGGACAGUACUGAGGCGUAUAUUGAAGUACUUGACGGAUCUCGAGUGCAUCCGGAAACGUACGAGUGGGCACGAAAAAUGGCGGUUGACGCUUUGGAAUACGAGGAUGAAGAUGCAAACCCUGCGGGAGCCUUAGAAGAAAUCCUAGAAGCACCAGAAAGAUUAAAAGACUUGGAUCUCGACGCUUUUGCUGAAGAAUUAGAGAGACAAGGCUUCGGCAAUAAGAGCAUAACAUUAUACGAUAUCCGAGCAGAAUUGAACUCUAGGUAUAAAGAUCUUAGGGUUGCUUAUCGAUCCCCAACCGCUGAAGAACUGUUCGAUAUCCUAACCAAAGAGUCUCCGGAAACUUUCUUUGUAGGAAAAAUGGUUUUGGCCACAGUAAUCGGUAUCACGCAUAGAAGGCCGGAAAGGGAAAAGUUGGAUCAGGCAAAUCCUGUCAGGAACGACGAGACUGGACUGUGGGAGUGUCCUUUUUGUCGGAAAAAUGAUUUUCCUGAGUUGUCAGAGGUAUGGAACCAUUUCGAUGCUGGUUCAUGUCCGGGUCAAGCGACUGGGGUACGGAUACGAUUAGACAACGGCCUGUCCGGCUACAUACAUAUAAAGAACCUGUCAGACAGACAUGUGACGGACCCUACGGAGAGAGUCCGGAUAGGCCAAACGAUACACUGUAGGAUAUUGAAGAUAGACGUCGAGAGAUUCUCCGUGGAUUGUUCCUCCAAAUCUUCCGACUUGUUGGACAAAAACAAUGAGUGGAGACCUCCAAAAGACCCAUACUACGACCAGGAAGCAGAAGACAAAGACGUGCGCAAAGACACCGAAGCGAAGCAAACCAAGGAGCGCUUGCAGUAUGUCAAGCGAGUCAUAGUGCACCCCGCUUUCCACAAUAUCAGCUUUGCGGAGGCUGAGAAGUUCAUGGAGAACAUGGCUCAGGGAGAAGUUAUUAUAAGGCCUAGUAGUAAGGGAGCAGACCACCUGACGGUGACGUGGAAGGUGGCAGAUGGCAUCUGUCAGCACAUUGACGUGCGGGAAGAAGGAAAAGAAAACGCUUUCUCACUAGGUCGAAGUCUCUGGAUACAGGGCUCCGAGUUCGAGGACUUGGACGAAAUUAUCGCGCGGCACGUCACACCCAUGGCUGGCCAUGCGCGCGAUCUCAUUUCGUACAAAUACUACAAACCGCUCGGCGGCAUGCGAGACAAAGCCGAAGAAAUACUCAAGGAAGAAAAGGCGAAGAAUCCUAACAAAAUCCACUACGUCAUUUCCGCAGCUAAGAAUCAUCCCGGUAGAUUCCUCCUAUCGUAUCUUCCUAGGUCGAGAUGUACGCACGAGUACGUAUCGGUGACGCCAGAUGGUUAUAAGUUCAGGCAGAGAAUGUUUGACUCCUUAGGUAGUUUUCUCAAAUGGUUCAAAGAGCACUUCCGAGAUCCACCUCCUUCUGGUACCCCGGUUCAGAGGACGCCCACGUUACGUACUCCCCACGGUGGGAUGACGUCAACGAUGUACCACACUCCCGCGGCUCACACUCCUGCGUUCCACACUCCCGCGCACACGCCUGGUCCAGCGUAUAUUAAUACUCCGUACACUCCGUCUGCUCAAACCCCGUACAUGACUCCGUUCGCCACAACACCCAGACAGCCCGAUUUCCUAACUCCUGCUGUACCACGUCACAAGCCAAUAGUCCAAAUGCCGGUGUACACGGAGCCUUCCGAUUGGCAAAAAGCUGCCGAAGAUUGGGUGCGGCACAACCGAACGGUACGCGACACGCCCGUUACCCCACGAAGCGACGGAAUGUCAACGCCAAGAGAUUCAUCGAGAACUCCGCGAAUGGACUCUCGGUCGACCCCCCGACACGAUAUGCGGUCAACCCCCCGACACGACAUGAGAACCCCCCGACACGACGGGCGAAGCACCCCCCACGGCCACAGUUCUGGGCGAUCAUCUCGCGCCCACUCAGCCCGUUCGACUCCCCACACGAACACGUCUCCCCGUUCAAUGUCUCUGGGCGAUGCCACGCCGCUUUACGACGAAAACUAAGCGGAAAUCAUCGAGGGAAUGUUUUUAUUUUUGUACGAUAUGAAGCUCUGAGCUACGUAGGGCCGUGCCACGAUAAAAAGUCUAUAAUAUAACAAAAAUGUAUGUACAUUUGGAUUAAAUUAUGUGAACGUAAAACCAUGCUUUUAAUUAGUCACGAGAAGGCCGCUAUGUCAUAAUGCCUUGCGUAUAUAAUAACUUUAUCAUUUACUACACUCGAUAGAAGAUUGCUAUAGUAUUAUAGUGUUUCGUAAUUGUAACCAUUUACGUGAUUUGUCGUUCUUAUACGCCGCUAAGCCUUGAGUUGAAGUCAUUUUAGUAUCAUUUAUGUUGUAAUCUAUAAUUACAUAACUACAAACAAAAUUCAAAUGUCUGUUGAUGAUUUCAAAAUACGUGUCUUUUAUCAAACCCAAAAGACUACUUACAUGUUAUCAGAUUCCAAAUAUCCGUGUUAAUCUACAGAACGACUGAACCGAUUUUAACAGUAACUUUGACAGGUAUUCCGGAAAAUAGGGAUUCUUUCAGGAUUUCUAAAAAAAAACCCAAAUCCACGGAGACGAAAUUAAUUUCGUGAGAACGAACGGCAUGGCAGUUGUCACGGUUUUACAAGACAAGUCUAUAGAGCGCACUUUGUCUUUGCUCAGACAAGCUGGGAUCCAUAGAGCGUACUUUGAAUUUGCUCAGACUUAAACAGUUCGAAAUGUCUCUACAUUUAUGUCAGCGAUUAUCCCUGUCUCAUUUUGACGGUCUUUUUGAGCAAAAACAGCCUUUAGAGUUAAAACGAGGCAUUUAUGUCAGACACGUAAAUCUGACUUAAAUAUGACUUUAGGCUGAAAUCUUUAGAGCGCAGUUUGACUUUGCUCAUACUUAAGACACUUAAAACAAUACAGCGUUUUCUCGCUGGCAUAAAUCUGUCUCGUUUCAACUGAAAUUGAAGUCUUGAGUACAGUCAAAGUACGUUUUAAAGAUCUCAGUCUUAAAUCUGAGCAAAUCAAAGUACGCUCAUUAGAUCAAAGUCGGAGCGGCCGGCUUGCGCAAUACAUUGCUUGCUACUCAACAUUUGUAGUAUAGGAGCUUAGUGUAUUUGUAAAUUAUUCGGGAUUAAAUAAUAAUCAUUUUAUAUUAGACAUAUCUGCUAUCUUACAGUAUACAUAAUAAGCUAAUUUACUUUAAUCGUGUGUAUUUUCUCUUACUUUGAAAAAAAAAUACUGAAUUUUUGAAAUAAAAAAUAAAACCAUUCCAUACUAAUUUUGCCUCCACUUUUAUGGUUACACCAAAUUGUUUGUACCAUUGUAAAAUUUCAAUGAAAUGACUGCUUCUCUUCUUUCUUGUUGACCUACUUCUAUAUUUUCUAUUAUUUAGUUUUUUUUUCUAUUAAUUUCGAGGUUUAAAAAUUAGUAUGGAAUAUCCAAUAGUAAGUAGCAAUCGACCCUUGGCAAACCCAAAACUAGCUAAAUCAAAUUAUUAUGACAGAGGCCUCAGUAUAAAUAAAUAGAUAGUGAAGGUUUAUUAUAAGACAAUAUUAUAGAUCGGUGUUUUAUUCGGGCUUAAGUUAUGCCAAACUUCUGGGUUACUAAAAUCAGGCGAACCAAAGUCCAAAAUAUACCCACUUUAAGUUGCAUGCAUCUCUUUCUCACACUCUUCUCAUAUUUAGAGCAAAAGAGAAGAAAGCUAGAAAUUUCGCGUGAUCUGCACUUCAUUCAUCAAACUUUGAGAACAAUGAUUUGAUGUAAACUUUAUAAACUAUGUAAUGUAAUGUAUAGUGAAUGCGCCUAUUUUUGUUCUGUUUUGUUGAAGUUGCAUCCUCAUAGAUGCACAGUUAUUUGUGAAUAACAAAUUACGCACUUCAUAAAGGAAAUUAGGUAUAGGGGGAGAAUCAGUUUAUUUAGCAACAACUUGGAAAAGACGCGACAGGUCAUCACUCCCGCAAUAUGCCUUCAGCCUCAUUGUAUCCUCUUAUUGAUAUUCGUAGACGCAUUUGCUAAGCGGCGAUUUGCGCGUUAAUUAAGGCGUUUGAACUUUGAAUAUGUUAUUAGUCGCGCCAGUUUUGUCCAUUAUGUAACUAACUAUUAAGAUUGAUUGUUUAGAAAUAUUUAACGAAAGUAUUUUCAUUUUGCAUUUCGCUGUUUUCAGAUUCUAUUUAAAUGAAAAACCGUUAAGAUUCUAGGAAAUUUCUAAACGAUCAGUUUAUAAUUAACCUAUUAUUUAUUUCAAUUUGUGAAUUUAUUGUACAAUGAUACUAUACUGUCUAUAUUUUUUUAAUAUACCAAGUAGUUGGUAGCGCGUAAAAAUUGUACUUUUCUUCACUACAGAUUGUUUAGUGAAAGAUAUCAAUGUUUAAUAUUCACAAAAACGAAUACAUGUAACGACUUUGUGUUUUCUAUAUUAGGUACUAUUCGCGAAUAUUCGUUUAAAAAAAAAAUUCGUUACCUAUUCUGCAGGUAUAGUACUUUCAUUUCACGAGUGUGCGUGGCAUUAAAGUAAAUGUGUGCGUUUGCGAGCGCUUGCUCGCGACUGAUUGGUCGGCCAGACACGCACACUUACGCAAUGUGCGUGUAUACGUACUACAACGUAACUACAAAUAAAGUUAAGGCUCGCUCGUGAAUUGCAAGAACUAGGUUUAUCAAAAGAUUUUUAUAAUUAUGAGAUAUAAUAUUUUUACGAAUCUGGCACAUGAUUUCGCAGAAAAACAAUAGCAAUGCCUUACAGAUGGUUAGUGACGUACCAAAUACACGAUGUACUCUGCCCGUUGGAGCGGGUCACUAUCUAUAAUAAACCAAUAUUAUGACAGAA